GGCAGGAGAUAAGGAUAUGAUGCCAUGGUGACAGAUUGUGAAUGAAUACCGUAUUCAUCAAUGAGCGUCAGCUGACUUUCAAUUGUACGAGCGUCUCUUUGCACACUUUAAUGCGAUUUGGCCAACAUGGAGUUUGAUUUUGACGUGCACAAGAUCUUCCUGGACCCCAUCACUAAGCUUGACCGCAGCCUCAUCCCUGUGCGCCGGCCACUCAUCUCCAGUUCUGAAGCACUGAAACAAACCAUGGCAGUCAUAGAUGAGAUUGGAAAAGCAUCAGCAAAGGCCCAGCAGCUGCCGGCCCCAAUUACCAGCGCCUCUCGUAUGCAGAUAAAUCAGCAUCAGCUCUAUAUUCUGAAGGAUUGCACACCUCAAACGGCUGGUCGUGGACUGGUGAUUGGUUUUCUGAAGGUUGGAUAUAAGAAGCUAUUUGUGCUGGACCACAAAGGCUCCCAUAUUGAAGCAGAACCUCUGUGCAUUCUUGAUUUCUAUAUCCAUGAAUCUCUCCAGCGUCACGGCUUUGGGAAGGAGGUUUUCAACUUCAUGCUCCGUUCGGAGCAAAUGGAGCCUCAACAUUUGGCCAUUGAUCGUCCUUCUGAGAAGUUUCUAUCAUUCCUGAGGAAACAUUACAACCUUCGCUCCACUAUCCCACAGGUUAAUAAUUUUGUUAUUUUUGAAGGCUUCUUCAGAGAUCGGAAAGCUCCAGUGAGAAAGUUACCCCCCAAGCGACUAGAGGGAGAGAUCAAACCGUAUUCGCUGUCUGACAGAGAAUUUCUGAAACACGAGGAAGGCCUCCCUUGGCCUUUAAACCAGGCACAGUCAGCCCUUAACCGUGCUGGCAGUCUCGGUUCUUCUCCAACACGUGCCCGACCACCACCCAGAGAAGAUGAUUUUGUGAAGUCCCUAAGAGUCUGCAGACCUCACUCACUGCACAGGGCAGCCAAUGGGGAACAGGAAGAUUCUUCCCAGAGGAGACGGACCAGUGUUAUGAACUUCUCCCGCGGACUCAUGGCUCAACAGAAUUGCUACAGCCGCUACACAUCUGCCUCUCCUCCUCUUCUCCGUAGAGCGCCACCUGCAGAGGAUAUUAAAGAAAAGCACAAUGUAACUGACAAAAGCAUGAGCAAGGAUGAGACAUCAGAUGUGGCAUCUCCUGAUCAGAAUGGCCGGCUCACAAGCAAUCACUACCCACUUCAUACCCAGAAGCCUCAUCAACAGACUACAGGGCACUCCAAACAAGAGCCACCAGAAGCAAUAAAGAGCCUUGAAAAACCAGAGGAUAAAGCUGGCGUCCAUGUUUCCAGAACUCAGUGGUCGGAGCAACCAUCUUGGACAGUCCUGGGUACGGUAAUGAACGCACAGUUUGUCAGACGGAAACAGGAAUUGCGUGGUACACGGCCAUGGUGAGGGCAAAGAAUAAUAGCCGGCACUGU